CUUGAAAUCGAUUUUAUUUGUUCUUGUUUGAUUGAUUGUUUUGAUAAAAUCAGAGGUUUAGGAUUGUUAGAUUGAUUGAUAUAAUCUGAUCUAGAGUUUAAAACUUAAAGUCCUUGAAACCUCAAUCUUAAAAUCAAAUCCUACUUAUGUUUAAAUCGAAACCCUAGAAUUGAUUAAAGUUAUUUGCAUACAUAUGAAUCUGAAUAUGGAUUGCAUUCAUACUGUUUAAAAAGGAUCGACCAGCAUAUAGUUUAUAAAAUCUUGAAACCUUUUGCAUCAGUAGAACUAUAUGGCCGUGUGGCUUGAUAAUUGUUUCGCACCAUGGUCGAUUAGAUUGCUUGAUUUUCAUAAAUGCGUAAGACAUGUUUGUGGCCGAGCUUGUUGAUUAUCUUGUGGCCACAUGAUCACAUUAUUAAACUUAAUUUUGAAUGAUGAUGUGAUUCAGAUGUCGAAAAUCUCAAACAGAGACUAUGCAGCCCUUAAUCUCUCCGGAGAUAACUACUUGCAGUGGGCGCUAGAUACAAAGAUCAGUCUAAGGUCAAAGGGACUUGGUGAUACUAUCAUCAAGGGCAACAAUGAGACUGAUAAGAAUCGGUACAUGGCUAUAAGUAUUAUACGCCAUCACCUCAUUGAAGGUCUAAAAGAUCAGUACAUCACGAUGGAAAAUCCACUAGAAUUUUGGGAUGCUUUACAGCAUAGAUAUGAUCACCAUAAAACGGUGUUACUUCCAAAGGCUAGAAACGACUGGAAGAAUCUUAGAUUCUUGGAUUAUAAGUCGGUGGAUGAGUAUAAUUCAGUCUUAUUUAAGACGGUCUCGAUGCUGAGACUUUGUGGUGAAGUAGUAACCGAAGAAGAGUUACUUGAGAAGACUUACUCUACAUUUCAUUCAUCGAAUGCAAACAAUGAGCUCCUGAUGAAGAACAGUGAAGCUAGACCUGUUGGAACAUCACCAUUACCGGAAGCUAAUGAGGCUGAAAAGAAAGAACCCAACAAGUGCAAUUACGUCCAAAACAAUAAGAAAUCACAUGGCAAUGGCCGUGGCGGUUACAAGGGGCGUGGCAGUGACAAUUACUCGAACAGCCGAGACAACUACUCGACCGGCCGGAAAGGAAACCACAAUAACUGUGGUCGUGGUUCCAAUUAUGGUUGUGGCCGAGGUAGUUAUGGUCGUGGUCGAGACGGCAUAUCCAAACCGUCUUACUCGACCAAAUCCGUUUGUCACAGAUGUGGAAUGGGAAACCAUUGGGCCAAGAACUGUAGAACCCCUAAGCACUUAUGUGAGCUCUACCAAGAAAGUCUAAAGAACAAGAACCUGGAGGCUCACAUGGUUCACGAUUCCGGAUAUGAGGCCGAUAAUGAUUCCGACAUUGCUAAAGAUGACCAGAUGGACUUUGAGACUUCUGAUUGUCUCAAGGACUAAAUUUCGAUACGACUUGUUUUAUUGCUUUAUGAUUUGCUUUGAUGUUUCACGAUUUUAUAUAUAUAUAUAUAAUAAGAAUUGAUAAAUGA